AACCCAACCCAAUCAGGCAGUGAAGCACGUUGAUGUUUCUGAAAAGGCUCGCAGUUGCCGGGAAGCGGUCCAUGUCAGCCAUGUCCCAAUCCAUGACUCCCAUGGAAGAUGCUCUGCGGACAAAGAUCACAGAAGCCCUGAAGCCCACCACCCUUGAGAUCCACAAUGACUCGCACAAGCACGCACAUCACCAGGCCAUGCAAGGCCAGACGAGCAGAGAGACGCACUUUCGUGUCUUCGUCACAUCCGACGCCUUCAAGGGCAAGAUGCAGCUCGCGCGCCACCGCAUGAUCAAUUCGCUCAUGAAAGACGAAAUGGCAAAGGAAGGCGGUAUCCACGCUCUACAGCUCACCACUCGCACGCCAGAGGAAGAGGAGAGCCGGAAGUAAGACUGUGCGAAUCCAAGUGCAUCAUGUGUCUGGUCAUGUUAAAUAGAUUCGUGCUACAUAAGAAACAUUUCAAACUCCA